GGGUUGCCCGGGCAGCGGCUGCGGCGAGGGAGGACGCGGGCCAGCAACCGGCCCUGGCGGGGAGGGUAGCGCUGCUCCCGUGCGCGGAGCCCCGGCCCCGAGGGAUGUCGGCAGCGGGCGGGCGCGGGGCGGCGCCGCCUCGGCCGGGCCUGGCUCAGGGAACAAGACAUACACAACCUAUUUCACCUGUAGAGGCAGCAAAACUCUAUUCCAUGAUACAAUCCUAUGAGAGAGAUUUUAGAACAAGAGGAGUCAGCCAACAUGAACAAUAUUUCUCUGAUUUAAGUGAAGAAACUGGCAGUUCAGGGAACCAAUUUUCAGUGUGCUUGGAGGAGGAACCCUUGAGGCAGAAUUGGAGUCCACAUGCCAGAUUUAUGGACAAGCACCAGAUGACUCUGAAAGAACCAUCACUACAACUUGAAAGCAGAUCACAGGAAAAUUGCUUACCACAAAAUCUGAGUGAACAUGAUAUGAGACGAUUGACAGAAGAAGCCCUUAUGCAAAAGGCUACAGUACAGGAAAAACUCCUUGAAGCAGAGAUGGCAGUCAGCUCAGCAGAAAUGUUUUUGCCAACUUUUAAAGAGACUGUUUUGAGAAUUACAAAUGCAUGUAAUUUUUCUACAUCAGAUGUGAUAAAGAUUUCUAAACAAGAGGAUUUAUUGCUUAAAGAACUAGAAGCACUCAGAUACACAAAGGAAUUGUUACUGCACCUACUACAAACAACAGACUAUAAAGAAGUAAGCAGUGAACAUAUUGAUAUUUUGAUGCAGAAGUUAGUUGAAACUGAAACUGAAAUUGAUGCUCUCAAAAAAGAAGUGCUUGAAAGACAGAGGCAUAUUCAGGAACUUUCUUCUCAGCUUCAACUGCAAAAAGCAAAUGCACUGAAAGCAGACCACCUGGCCAAGUCAGUUGAAGCAGUACAAGGCCAUCUGCAAUACCAGAUUAAAAGAAAAGAGAUGGAAAAUGAUCAGUUGCAAACAAAAAUACAGAGCCUUGAAAAGAAAAUAACUGAGUGGAAGUUUCAAAUUGGAGAACACAAACACCAGAUCUUAGCUUUAAAGGAGACAAGUGAGCAGAAGAACGCCCUGAAAAAAGCAACCAGAGUCCAGAAACAAAGAGCUGAACGUUUUGAAGCAGCUGUUGAAAAUUUAACUUCCAAAAUUAAAGAGCAAGAAGUCAAAUUGUCUAAGAUACUCUCAGCAUCCAGGGUCUGGAAAAAUCAUCAUGAGAAGGCUGUAGAAGAAAAGACUGUAUUAGAGAUUAAAACUGAAACCUUGAAGAAGCAGAUCACAAAUCUUUUGGAGGAGCUGGAAAACAUAAAGGAUCGCGGAAGAAUUUCAAACAAAGAAAUUCUUGGAAAGCUUAAUUCUGUCAACUCUGAAACUGAAAAUAUUCAUCUUGAAAAUGCAAGAUUAAAGGCUUCCCUUGCCGUUCUGGAAAACAACACUGUUUCUGCUAAGGCUGAGCUAUUAGAUUUGCAAGAAAAAGCAAAGCAGCAGGAGAACCUGGUUGAGCAGUAUGGAACUCAGGUGCAGAAACUACAAAUGGAAGCAGAAGACCUGAAAACUAGAUACAAAACAGCUUUAAAUGAAAACAAAAUAACAGAAGCAAAAUAUUUACAAAUAGAUAAGAUGGAAAACAGUAACAGUUCCUUGAGAGUUCAUUCUUUGCAAGAGGAAAACUUGAAUAUUGAGAAGAAAUAUGAAGAUCUUAAAAGACAAUUAGAAAAGAUGGAAUUACAGAAUGAAGUGCUUGCACAUCAGCUAGCAAACCAAGAAAAGAGUCUUCAGCAUAAUGAAUUGCAGCUUAAAGAGAAAUUUACAGAAUAUGGUGCUUUAACAAGACAGCUGGAGGCUGCUUUGGAAGAAGGGAGAAAAAUGGUGUCUGAAGAAAUGGAAAAAAUGUCAUCCAAGGAACAAACUCUUCAGACAAAAAUACUGGAUCUUGAAACUGAAUUGAGAGAGAGGCAGGAGGAGCAUAAGCAACUUGUCUGCAAAGUAAACCAUAGUCAGAAACAUCAUGAAGUGUGCUUGAAAGAGCUAGGGCACAGACUCCAGAAAUCAGAAAACCAGAACCAGAGUAUCCAGAAUUACAUCAAGUUUUUGAAAUCCUCAUACAUAACAAUGUUUGGUUAAAUUAUUUCAGUUAGAUAGGGCCAAAUCUUGCAUGGUGCUGAGAGCCCUUGUCUUCAAUUAGAUCUAAUGGAAAUUGAAGCCACUUGGCACUUUACAGGAUUGAAUACUGACAUUAAGUGCACAUCUUCAUUGGAUUGGACAGGGCUGGAGUACAUGUUCUACCAACUCACUGCUGCUACGCACAUACCUCCUAUCAAAAAAAUAUCUUGUAACUGUUGUUUGAGUAAUACUGGAUGCACUAAGGCUAUACCAAAAAGUGGUCACAUUAAUUUUUGGGGAUAUAGCACACACAGACUCAGAGUUAGUGGGCAUGGCACAUUUUCACAAUGGUAGGUUUCCUAGCUUUGUCCUGCACAGUGUAGUGUAGUGUAGACAUGGCCUACAGCUUUUCUCAGGGAAUUUCCAUUCCAGGUUAUACAGUGUCAGACCUUACACUCAUGCGUUAUACUAGAUGAUCAUGCACCAAACCACAGCAUUACUAAUAUGAAGAGAGAGUUAAUAUACCUUAAAAAUUGUGAAAAGGAAAACUGAAAGGUCAAUGAAAGAUGCAUGCUCCUGUUCACUGUACUUCCAUUGCUGUAGCCAUCUUACUGGAUUAAUUUUGUACUCUGACUACCCUGACAGUAAUAGAAAUCCUAGUCAUAGCAUUUUCCAGAAGUAAAAAAAUAAAUGAAACAAAUUUAAGAUAUCUAUAGUAUGGAAGCUCUAAAUAUUCUGUUUGCUUCCUUACAGUGGCCUGAGUUUGUGCUUUAAUUUAAAUAUAUGAAUAUUAUAAUUCAUGUCAGUAGAAUUAUUCACAUAUUUCAGAGUAGCUCCAUCCUUAAAUACCUACCUGAACUGGGGCCAAUUUAGAAAAGGUUCUGAUAUGGAAGCUGUUUUCUGUAGCAAUUACAUAAAGCGCUAUUACAGAAUUGUGAUAGUUUUUGAAAAAUAAUAGAUUCAGAUAUAAUUAAACAUCUCAAUAUAUAAUUCAAAGUGCACAUUAAAUCCUGUGUGUCUUUUUUAGAUAGAAAUAUAACUGAAAUUAGUUUUGUUUUUUGGGAAAAAUUUUUAAUAUUUUUUCACUUAUUUCAAAAUACCAACUAAUAUUUUAUGGUCUGUCCCUGUGGUAUGUCAGCAGGUUUGGGGGGUGGGGGGGGGGUUGCUUUGAAAGAAGGCAUCCACCCCAACAAACUAAUGUGAUGUGGUAUUAUUCUGCUGGUGUGCCCUUCUAAGUUUAUCUUUGUGUUGUCAUUGUCAGGGAAAAUCUUGCCAUAUUUACUUGCAUACAUCACACCCUCAACCAAGACAUAUAACUUGUUUUGGGAAGGUAGAAUACAGAGAAAAAGAUUUUUUCCAGAAUCUUAACAGCCACAUCAUAGGAUGCUGGGCUCACCAUUGGCUAGGUAGUAGCUCAGCCAAAAGCUAACGCACUUUGGCAGCAGCUAGUAACAGAGUUAAACCUGCUAUUAUGGAACUGCCAGGAGAGUGUGAGUGAUGCUAAAGCAGGAGUAGGCAAAAUAUGGCCUGGGGCUGGAUAUGAGACACCAGUUGAUCGCAUGUGGCCCAUAGCUGCCCUCCCAGCUGCCUGGGUACUACUCUGCUCCCACCACCUCCAGGCAGCUCCUCCUCCUGCCCCUGCUGCACUCCUCUGGCCAGCAGGUAGCACUGGAAGCAGUAGCAGUGGCCAUGGGGAUGUGCACAAGGCAGCACACUCCCAGCCAUGUGGAGGGAGGUGGAAGCUGCAGCUGGGCAGCUCCUGCAAUGCAUGGAGCUCCAGCUUCUAAGUGGUUGGAAGGCAACCUGAAGCUGGGGCAGGAGCUGCCCGACUGCACUUUCCUCCCCACUCCCACCUGGCUGGGUGUGUGCUGCCUGGAGCACAUCCCCAUGGCCACUGCUGCCACUUCCCAGCACUACCUGCUGCCCAAAGCAGUGCAGCAAGGGCAGGAGGGGAAGGAGAAGCUGCUGGCAGAAAAGGAAACUGAGCAGUAUCUGGGCAGCUUCAGCUGCAGCACAAAAAUUAUUUUUUCAAAUAAAAUUUAAAAAGUAGAUAUUUGAUUUUUUAAAUGUAGUAUAUGCUUUAGUUUUUCUCUAUAGUUUGUUAAAAUGAUAUCUUCUGAAAGAUUUUGUGUGUGUGGCCCUUAACAGCUCACCAAAACUCGUUAAGUGGCAGCCAAAUCUUAAUUGCCCACCCCUGUGCUAAGGAAUGGGCUCUGCCCCUUCUAUAUGUGGCUGGAAACAGAGCGGACCCCCCAACAGCUAUUUUAGCAGCUACCCUAUGUCUCCAUUCCAGCAAGGAAAUCAGCUUCCUUGUUUAAAAUGCUCACCCAAUUUAAAAGGUUAUUUUGGGGGGGGGACAGAUGCAUGUGGUAUGCAGGUAAAUAUAGUCUUAUUUAAUUAGUUUUUCGCAUCGUGUCAUUAGCCAGGUGUUUUCUACUACAUUUUGGUUGUCUACAUGUGCAUUCAAUUUUAUUUGUAUUAGUUUAAUACUUUUUCCUCUCUGAAGAGUAUGUCUAGCAAUUAUGAAAAAUCAUAAAAUUUGAAAAAAAAUCAUGAAUUUAAAGCAUCAAGAAAUGCAAAAAUAAAGCACAGAUUCCAGCACAGGAAUGGAUUUGAAAGCCUAGUACAGGAUCAGUUAAACAUUGUAGAGAUCAUUGUAGCAAACAUAAGGUUUUAUAAGUGAUUUAAGAAAUUAUAUGUUCUAAUAAAUUGUUUUUAUCAUUUGCCCUUAA